AUGAGCAGAGAGCGUGCUUGGGGGAGGGGGGCAUUGCUAUUUGCACCAGGGGCACGUGGUCCGUCCCUGCAGGGGGCGUUGCAGCGCAGCUGGGGCCCCGACAAAGCCCGCUCUCAGCUGCUGAUCGUGGACCGGAGCUUCGACCUGGUGUCUCCACUACUGCAUGAGCUCACCUUCCAGGCCAUGGCCUACGACCUGCUCAGCAUCGAGAACGACACCUACAAGUAUGAGACGACAGGCAUCAGCGACUCGCGGGAGAAAGAGGCGCUGCUGGACGAAGACGACGAACUCUGGGUGCAGCUACGCCACAUGCACAUCGCUGACGUCUCCAAGAAGGUGACAGAGCUGCUGCGCACCUUCUGUGAGAGCAAGAGGCUGACCACGGACAAGGCCAACAUCAAGGACCUGUCCCAGAUCCUAAAGAAGAUGCCCCAGUACCAGAAAGAGCUGAACAAG